AAAGGAAAAGUUAAUGAGUUAUGUUACCGGGAGUUAUUACAAGUAGAGUGAGAGGAGACGGCGCGGCGGCGGCGGCGGCGGCGGGAUGGAGAGGGAGAACCGGGUGGAGACCAUCUCCCGGCUGGCCCAGUGGCGCAUCGACACCUUCGGCCCCUCCUCCUACCGCCGCUCCGAUUCCUUCAAGAUCGGCAUCUGGAACUGGUUCCCUUCCCAAUCCCAAUCCCCCACUACUCAGAGAUCACCGAUUUGCCCUAUCAAAUCAAAUCAUCCGCCAAUUCGAUCCGAAUCCGUGCAGGUACCUAUCGGUGGAGAAGGCUCGAUAUGUAUACGUGAGGCUGUUCCCGGAGCCCGGGCGGGUGGCCAAGGAACGGCCCCCGCUCGCCCGCUUCCUUCUCCGAGCUUGCUGGUCCGGCCCGCCACGCCGCUCCUGCGUCUCCCCUGUGCAUGAGCAUCUCCUCCGAAGCAGCGAAGACUUUUUCUGGCAACUUGAUACGAUGUACGCUGGGCGUUUCACUAUUGAUGUUGAGUUUUUGGACCUGAAGAUAGCCUCUAACAAUGCUGCAGAAUCAUCUACCUCGAUUUGGCCAAAUGAAAGCAUAGCGGUGCAGAACAUUGCUAGUAAGAGCAGUCUCGGAUGCCUUUCGCGCAUGCUCACGGAGUCGAUACAUGCAGACGUCACCAUAAAUACGACUGAUGGUGUCCUCAAGGCCCAUAAGGCCAUCCUUGCAUCAUGUUCUCCUGUGUUUGAAAGCAUGUUCCUCCAUGAUCUCAAGGAAAAGGAGUCCUCCACAAUCAACAUAAAUGACAUGUGCCUUGAGUCUUGCUCUGCUCUGAUUGGCUUCAUCUACGGGACCAUAAAGCUAGACCAGUUCUGGAAGCACCGCCUCUCGCUGCUCGCCGCAGCGAACAAGUACAGCAUUUCUGAUAUCAAGGACUGCUGCGAGGAGAGCCUCCUGGAGGAUAUAAACUCUAGCAAUGUCCUCGAGAGGCUUCACGUCGCGUGGCUGUACCAGCUGCAAAAGCUGAAGAAAGGGUGCCUGACCUACCUGUUUGUUUUUGGGAAGAUAUACGAUGUGAGGGAGGAGAUCAAUAGCUUCUUCCAGCACGCAGAUCGUGAGCUGAUGCUGGAAAUGUUCCAAGAGGUCAUAACUGCGUGGAAGCCCAUAUGAGCGCUAGCUCCAAACUGACCCUAUAUAUGGGGGGGUCUGUAAAUAUUCGGUUGCACUUGUGAAGAUGUACACUGCGUCCUUGCUAGUUGUACCCCAAUGUGGAUCAGUAUUCAGUUUAAGAUUCACAAGUGUUUAUAGUAGAGGAAAGUGGUUGUGUAAAUAGUCGUGUGGAAACUGCAGAACUCCGGGCGGCAAAUGUGAUGUGGUGUGUAAAUAUCAGAUGCUUGAAGGCAUGAAUUCAUGUUUAUAUGCAUCAUCUGUGGUGGAAUGCUUGUUGA